AACACUCACACAACACACACACAACACACACACAUGCUGUCCAUGAGCACCAGGGAGGGGCUGAGGGGGUGCAGGGUCUGCUGAGCCAGCAGUUUCUCACAUGGGUCAUUUUGUAGCUUAUAUGUGAGAGAAGACAAAGGCAGCAGGAUUACUAUGUUGAGUGGCUGCAAGGACACCCAUACAUGCUGCAAACACGGACACACACGUGAUCCCGGAGUUCGAUGGACAAUCUCUUCUCUCCGUUAAAACAGUGUGACCUGGAUGUGCAGCAUGUUUCCAGGCUGAUUCGCAACUUACCGGCUUCAGACUGCACAAGUGCAACUAUGCCUCCUCGUUCAGCAGACCGCUGUUCGCUUCGUCCCAGGUUAAGAUGAGAGGCACAUCGUCGUCAGACUCCAUACUGGCAGAUAAACAGGCUGCAGCCAGCCUCGACUUCCAGCCUUCACUUGGUACGAGCUACUAGCUAAACAAGAGAUGACAUCUGUCACCGAUUCGGCUGCUUCACUGUCACCGAGGCUAACGAGCCGAGACUGUCUGUCUGCGUCCAUCACGGCAUCGUCACCGGACACCGGGCUUUGUGCUGCGGAACAGACGCUCAGCGCGGUCAGUGACAGUAUGUCUGCAAAGGGUGCAAUAGGUCCGACAAGAACACACUCCAAGUCGGCUGAACUUAUCUCAGAUGUCCUGGAAAACUGCAUCAGUCAAGCUGAGGUUGCAGCAACUUUGUCUGCUGUUCUCCAGUCAAACUGUGUGUCUGGUAUCAUGAACCAGGAGUUACGUAACGCACUUCAAGAGCACCAGUUGUUAGAAGAAAAACUGGGGAAACUAGAAGAUCUCAAGACAGACGGGGAACAAGAGGGAGAAGCCGUGAAAGCAAGGAAACAAGCAAGGGCUCAGCUUGAGAGGAACAUCAAGAACUCUUUCAGAGAUGUGCUCAGGCUUUGCCAAGCCAAUCCAGAUGCCAUUUCUGGCUUGAGGGCAGAGCUAGGUAUUGAAAUAGUGGAGAGUGAAAAUAUACUAAUUAGAGAGCUUAAAUUGUUUCACAGCAAUAUGGUUAGAAAGUUGCUGACCAGUCCGGAUGAGGAGCUACCGCCUGGGGGCGAAACUCAAAAUCUGGAAGAAUUCAUUUUACUGGAGGAAGAAUUAGCUGAAAACAUAAAGAAAAUAGAUGCUCAGAUUGAAAAUGUGAUGGAAAGUAUAGAAAGUGUUCAGCAAAAGAACAAGGCUCUCGAAGAAGAAAUGUCACUUCCCACAGAAAAACAGCGCCAGCCACAGAUCAAGACAGCAAGCCUGAAGCAGACCAGUCUACAGGAGGAAAUUGAUCAACUGAACAUUCAGCUCAGCAAUUUGAUGUUUGAAAACAGACAAGCAGAGAGAAUACUCCAAGAGAAAAAUGAAAAGGUGGAGAUGGAAAUUGAAUACUUAAUCCAAAAUUUUGACGAAAAAAUAACGGAAACCCAGGCCAACCUGGAGAUGAAUGAAACGAGUUAUAGAAAGGAGAAGGAGGAUCUGAGGAAGCUGGAGGAACUGUUUUCUGUCCUAGAAGUGGAGUGCAACCAGAUCCAGGAGAGGCAUCGUCAGGCGGAGGAGAAGAGGCUGAAGGAGAUGAAGGAGCUGGAGCUGAAGACCAAAGCAGCUAUUAUCGUCCAGGCCUGGUGGAGAGGCUACAGUACUCGCAAGGCCAUAAAGAACAAGGGCAAAGGCAAGAAGGCCAAAAAAAGCAAAGGCAAGAAGACCAAAAAAAGCAAAGGCAAGAAGACCAAAUGAACCGCUGACUAGUGUUGUAGUGCUUCACUCUAUCUGUAGAGAAGAAAUGUUUUUAGAUGAUUUAUUAAAAGUGCCCACCAAGCAAAUAGCAUUACACAUAUCUGUUCAGUGUGGCUACCAUUUACAUGUUGUUUCUCAAUAAAAUUGUUACAUUUUAAGCCAGUAUUUACUAUCUCUGUGAACUACAGUAGAAUACUUUGCAAUGUGUUACGACUUUUGAGAACAUUUUGAAUGCCCUGCUGAUGUAGACUUGGAACAGCCAAUAAUGAAGAAACAGCAGCAUAAUGUAACAUUUUUAUUACUUAUAUUUUAUUAUUUCAAACCAACAGACGUUCACACAAGCAGUUUAGACUUCUUCUCAGGACUAAAUAGGAGUAUCUUCAUCUAACUAAUUGACAUCUCUGAGCCUGUGUUUUGAGUGAGCAACUUUAUAAUUCUUGUUAGUGAUUACUUUAAUAACCUCAGUAAAUUUCUAGCUUAACUAUACUCAGCUUUUAACUGGAAACUGUCCAAUCAGCCUACUAAGUUAACACCGAGACUGAUUUGUUGCGUCUAUGAGUUGCUGUUUCCUUUAUUGGCCACAGGGAGGCAGUGCAGACUCCUGUGUUCUGAAUUACUACACUACAUUGAGUUGGCAGUCAUGUGGGCAUCAGGAGCUGCAGACUGAAACUCCACCAGUAAAAAUAUUAUAGAAAUACAGUAUUUACAAAGUUAAAACAGGUCAACACUAAUGUUACAAGCACACUGAGAGGCUAAAUGAAUGUCCUACUGACCUGUAAUUAAACUCAUUCAGUGUAUUAAACUACAUUGUUAGGUUUUUAGCAUACUUCCCCAAUCAUAAUAAAUGUAGGUGCUUAGUUCUAGAUAAAAAAAAAAAUGAGCAUCAGUUAUACAGAUUAUCAUGUAUAUUAAAUACUUCUUACUACUGACAGAAUAUAUAUACAGUAAUUUCAAAGCAGAUUCAACUAUUGUAUGAAACUUUGUCAAGAUAAAUCAGUCAUUGAUUGCACAUUAUUUUAAAUUCACUACCUUCGGGUUUGAAGUUUUGUCAAUUGUUUUCAGUGCUAUUUCAGUGAAUUCAGUUUUAAUGCGGCAUGGAAAUUGAUAUUGAAGUUUUUGUUUUUUAUUUUUACUUAAAAUGUGGUUUUUUGUAUUGAA